AAGAUCUGAGCGCUGGUGAAAUAGAGAAUAAAACUGUUUCUUUUGUCAUGGGAUACAGAAUAAUUACACGGGGGGAAUCCAGAGAUCAAAGGCGGGGCCACAGAGUUUGAGAGAGAGUUUGGUUAGUUUAGUGCGGAGUUGGCAAGCCCUUGGAAUUUUCCCUUCUUUUUUACUUUCGAUCCUCCCUCGAUUUCCCAGAACAGAAAACGAAAGUUAUCUUCAACUCCGCCAUAGAGAAGACACCUCCGCAAUGGCUCAGUCGGGCUUGUUCAAAGAAUUGUACUGUUCUGUGUGUUUGGGGAUAUUUAACAACCCGGUGAGUCUACCUUGUGAUCACACGUUCUGUCGCCCGUGCAUCCAGAACUGCCAGGACACACCGAGGCCAAGAUGUCCGGAGUGCCGGGCUCGGUUCGCGGCCGGAGCUUUCAAACCGAACCGAGCGCUACGGAACAUGGCCGAGAGGCUGAAGGCGGAGCUGUACCGCUGCACCUGCCCGGAGCACCAGGAGAAGAUGAAGCUAUUCUGUCAAACGGACGGACAGCUGAUCUGCGUGGUCUGUCGGGAUGGACUCACACAUCGUGGGCACGCCUGCGUGCCCGUCGGCGAGGCUGCCGCGGUCAGCAAGGGCGAAUUGGGAGAGGCGCUGGAGUUCCUGCGCGAGGACAACGGCGCUCUGGCUCGUCUUAUCUCCCAGCAGGACGACGAGAUGAGAAAGAUUAAAGAGAAGUCCACGCGGCUGACGGCCAACGUCGGCGCCCGGUUCACCGAGGUCUACCGUUUCCUGCGGGAGAGGGAGGCGAAGCUGAAGGAGGAGGUGAGGGAGGCGGAGAGGAGGGCCCUGGCGCCCAUGCAGGAGAACCUGGCGGCCAUGACCCAGGCCCUCAAACCUCGUCGGGAGAGAGAGAGCGAGCUGCGCUCGGGGCUGGACAUCGAGGAGUCUGACCGCUUCCAACAGUGGUGGCUUGACACCGGGUCGCCCAUUGUGGAUGAGCUGAGGAACCGGGUCGGUGGGACCGGCAGAAGAAAGGGCCCGCACGCAGUGGGAGAGUUCAAAUCUGAGGCGGAUGACCUCCGCGUGACCCCGGACGGGCCCUGCUCUCUAUUCCUGGGCCCUUACGAGUCUCACCUGCAGCUCUUUGUGUGGAAGGAGAUGCUGCCGAUGAUCAGGCCAGCUCCUGACAGCAUAACCGUGGAGGACAACGACGACCCGGUUUUUGAGAGUGUCGUGCGACCGCUCCAGCGUCAGGCACGUGGACCCGAGGUCCGCGGGCGCGUGGUCUUUCGGGAAGGGUCCCGAGUUCUCCAUGUCCCACACGUGGAGCCGCGAGGCGUUCCGGUCCGGGCAGCACUACUGGGAGCCGGGGAGAGCGUCUGCCGGCUGAACGGCCGCUUCGGCAAGCUGCGGUUGAAGACGCGGCGGGAGGUGCCGCUGGACCUGGCCGCCGGGCCGCGCGUGGUCGGCACGUACCUGGACUGCGACAGGAAGCGCGUGGCCUUCUACGACGGCGACACCGCGGCCCUCAUCGCCGCCGCCGCGUACGUCUCCGACGGGCCCCUGUACGCCUACUUCAACCCCGGCUUCUACCUCCAGGGGGAGAACGCGGACCCGCUGGCCGUUCGCCAGUACGGACGUCCCGACGCAGGUUCAAAUCUGAGGCGGAUGACCUCCGCGUGA